AUGAUGUCUGCUUCGGCAUCGCCCUCCAUCCGGGCUUUUCAAAGCCGGGACAAUUCUCCUUCACCUCGACCACGCCCUCUGGCACGGAUGCCUUCCAUCCAGCGUGUCAACACCGCCUUUGGUCAAUCUCACACGGGCAAUCCAACAUCCGCCAAUAGCAUCUCCUCCGUUUCGCCAAGCCCGUAUCUACAAUCCCUACAGUCUUCUCCCCUAGUCUCCCAGUCCAGUCAACACAACCUCCAGCUGGGAAACCCGGUUCCCUUUGAGCUUCCCGAGUCGCUCAUCGCCCCUCCUCAUGCCUCUUCUUCGGCGAGGGACACGUCCACGGGCUCCAAAUCCGUUGGACUAAUGCGCAAGUUGUCUCAAAGUGCCAAGGAGGGCGUUUCUUCGACGCGCCAGAUCCUCCGGAGAAAGGCCUCUUCUACUGCGCAGAGUCGUCGAGAUGAAAGCACUGGACCAAUCACCAGACGCCGCAGUGACAGCAAGACGGCCGUCAACAAUGGAUCCGCCAUAGAGUCGGCUUCCCUCGAUAACUUACCUCUUGAUCUCCAGUCAGGCUUGGGUCUCUAUGAUACCAUGAGUCUCUCAAGUGAGCCAGUCACUCUUGUCGACACGAGUCCUGAGGGCCAAGCUCCUUGCGUCCCAGAGCGACUGGUCGGAGGUUGCAUCUUGACCAAAAUCACCAAGAACAAGAAACAAGAGAAGAUGUUCUUCCUCGAUGUCGAGGGUUCCCGAGUCUCCUGGAAAGGCGCUGUAACCAUGAAAGUCUUCCACAUAGAUAAUAUCAAAAGCAUUCGAAGUGGCGAGGAGGCUGCCAGCUACCAGCAAGAACUCCGGGGGGAGGCCGUGGACCCCGACCUUUGCUUCACUAUCAACUAUGCCACUUCGGACUCUUCAAAGCAGGUCAAGACUCUGCACCUUGUCGCUCAUCAUCAUGCCGACCUCAGAUUGUGGGUCGACACUUUGGAAAGUUUGGCCAAGCACCGCGAAGAGCUGAUGACCAUCGGUUCUUCCGAGCGAGAAUCGGUCAUGCGAGCCCAUUGGGCCAGUGAGAUGGCCAAACGGCCCGAUGCCACGAAGAGCGAUGGUCUGGACUUGUCGGCUGUCCAGUCACUCUGCCGUAAACUCCACAUCCACGCUCCAGAGAAAGAACUCGAGGAACAUUUUAGCUCUGCUGAUGUGGACCAUGCUAAACGGUUGACGUACGAGCAGUUCAAAGAAUUCCUCAGACGUCUCCGUGAGAGAAGUGAUAUCAGAAGGGUCUUCAACGAAUCAAAGGGCUUCAACUUACCCGGUCUCACUCGCUUCCAAUUCACCUCUUUCCUUCAACAAGUACAGGGUGUCAAUCUUGCUCUUGUAUCCGAGCCAGCGAUUUGGGAAGAAAAGAUCAACGACCUGAUUUCCUUAUCGUUCCCAAAUGAUCCAGAGAUGCGUGAAGCAGGCCUCAUUGAUGCUAAUGCAUUUGCGGCCUUUCUCAUGUCCAAGGAUUGUCACGUCUACUCAAAGCCUCAAGACUCGAUUGCUGUUUUCGAUCGUCCGCUGAAUGAGUACUUCAUCUCCAGCUCGCACAACACCUAUCUCACUGGAUGGCAAGUCAAUGGAACAUCUUCAGCGGAAGCAUAUAUUACAGCUUUACGUCACGGAUGUCGUUGCAUUGAGAUUGAUUGCUGGAAUGGUCAAGAUGGCAACCCGAGGGUAACACAUGGACGUACGCGUACCACCUCUGUUCUCUUCUCGGACUGCAUCAAUGCCAUUCAACGAUGCGCCUUCGACGUCACUCCAUACCCUCUCAUAAUCUCUCUCGAAGUCCACUGCGACCCAGAACAACAAGCCAAAAUGGUCAAUAUUAUGACUGACGUGUUCGGCGACCGUCUCCUGGUUCAUCCUCUACCGGGCUUCACCACGAAACUGCCAUCGCCGGAACACUUAAAGCACAAGAUUCUAGUCAAGGUCAAAGCCACCGAACUUCAUGCUGAUCUUGAAGCUUCUCGUCAUGCCGCAGCUACCUCUCGCACCCGCAGUGCAAGCUCUCCACAAAGAAAUCCUCUGCAGUCGUCUAUGCUGACUGCCCAGGGCCUGACAACAGCGUCAAGCCCCUCCAUCAUCACCCCACCUGAAACCAUAUAUUCUCCCACCGACAGAUCAGUGACAGCAACAAGUGCAAGCAGUGCCGACGAAGAGAGUGAUGUCGCUCUUACAUCACCAAGUCUAAAGCGAGCACCCAAAUUGAGCAAAGUUGGGCCGUACCUUUCUGCACUUGGUGUAUACCUAAAGGGCUAUACUCUCCGUGAAGGACGUGACCUACAGUUCAGUCAAUACAACCACAUUUUUUCCCUGAACGAGAACCGCGCCAUAGAGCUUUGUCAUUCAGCAGAGGACAAAGCUCUAUUUGAGGAUCACAACCUACAUUACAUGUGCAGAGUCUACCCAAAGAAUCUCCGCUUCCAAUCCUCCAACUUCGAUCCCAAUACCUUCUGGAGACGCGGGGUCCAAAUGGUUGCCCUCAAUUGGCAGACCUUUGAUGCGCACAUGCAAAUGAACCAAGCCAUGUUCGCCGCUGGUACCGACGCAUAUGGAUAUGUACUGAAGCCCGAGUACCUCCGCAAACCUCGCACCAAAAAUGGGGGCUUCCAGCACCGCGUCAAAUUGCCACGAUAUAAGAUGAAGUUUUCGGUCCAAGUCAUAUCCGCGCAACAACUACCUCGUCCGGCCAACAUGAGCAAGGAUACGCCACUGAACCCCUUUAUCGAGGUGCAAAUGUUCAGCGCCGAAGAUCGAGCACGAGGUAUUGCAAAUGGAACAGGCGGAAGAGAAACUUACUCAAAUGGCUACCACGGCAUCGGCUCGCCGUAUCGUCGGCAGACGCAAGUUUGUUUCGGUAAUGGCUACAAUCCUCAAUUUGGCGAGAACAUUGAGCUUUCAUUGGAGACAAAGUAUCCUGAUCUGGUUUUUGUACGCUUCAUUGUGUACAAUUCCGACGAUGGCAGGUCCAAUGGCAAAGGCGUUAAACAACUCGCAGCCUUCACGGCCAAACUGGGCAGCCUACAAAAAGGGUAUAGGCAUCUGCCUCUGUAUAACGGGCAUGGCGAGGAAUUCAUCUUCUCCACGUUGUUCUGCAAGAUUGUCAAGCAAGAUCCCAAGCUCAUGCCUUGGUCUUUACAAGACGCGAACGACCGCUCCUCGCGUGGUAAUAUGUUCCGGGGCAUUCUCUCACGUGGAUUGUCUGGUGACCGUGGCAGAGAGCGAGCGUCCAGCAUUGAGGACCAACGUGCAGCACGACAAGCAAAGCUGAACCGCGAGAUUGAGGAGACGGUUGCGAAACGGUGA